CGUAAGUGUACUAUUUCAAAUAUCUGUUAGUAGUAGUAGAUUCUUUUACAGUUAAUUUAAAGUUUAAAUAAACAUAUAAGAAAAGCGUCUAAACAUUCAGAAUUAAUUUUUUACUUUUAAAAUUUUAUACAUCGCAACGUCGUUUUAACUGAAAGGAAAAGUUCCAUAUUUUAUUAACGUGUGAUAUAAUAUAAUAUAAUAUUUACAAUGGCAGAAUUACAAAUGAAUGAGGGAUGGAAUAGUGAUCAAGAAUUUGAAUAUCCAUUUGAUGAACAAGAAACUGAACAAGUAACAAGAAAAAAAAUUUAUAAUACAAAGACUAAAUUCAAUAAUUUUAGAAGUUCCAAAAGUGGUUCACAACAAGCAAAAUCAAAUGAUCUAAUUAUAAAUAUAGAUUCAAAGAAAGUAGGUAAACUUAUAGGCAAGGGUGGUUGCAAUAUAAAGGAAUUGCAAGAGAAAAGUAAAACAAGGAUUCAAAUAAAUCAAUCUACUACAUGUGGUAUUAGUACAGUUACUUUAAUCGGAUCUCCAGCAGCACAAAAUAAAGCUAAAGAAUUAAUUGAUGAAUUAUUAAAAGAUACUCCACAACCUGUGAAAGCUGAGCAAAAAAAGGGAACAAAAUUCAAUUUGAAUCGAAUUAACAAAAGUCAUGAAGAACCAUUUACUUAUCCACCUAUAUAUAAGAACUUUUAUCAAGAAGAUCCUUUUAUUACACAAAUGUCUGCUGAACGUGUAGCAGAAAUUAGAUUACAAAAUAAUAAUAUUGAAGUUCAAAUUGUAUUUGACGAUGAGGAAAGUAAUGUUGACGUAUGUUGCAUUCCUAAUCCUAUUGAAACAUUCGAACAAGCUUUCCAUAAUUAUCCGCAAGUUCUUGAAGAAAUAAAAAAACAAGGCUUUACAAAUCCAAGUCCAAUACAGCGUCAAGCAUGGCCAAUUCUACUUAGUGGUAAAGAUAUGAUUGGUAUAGCACAGACUGGAACAGGCAAAACGUUAGCAUUCCUUUUGCCUGCAUUAAUUCACAUUGUUGGUCAAAAGACGCCUUUUAAUGAAAGAGUUGGUCCCAAUGUCCUUAUUUUGGCACCAACUAGAGAAUUAGCAUUACAAAUAGAAAAAGAAGUAGGAAAAUAUUCGUAUCGUAAUAUUAAAGCUGUUUGUCUUUACGGUGGCGGUAAUCGACAAGAUCAAAUUGAUAUAGUAACAGAAGGUGUACAAAUAGUCAUAGCUACACCGGGAAGAUUAAAUGAUCUUGUAUUAGCAAGAGCUAUAGAUGUAAGAUCUGUUACAUAUCUUGUACUAGACGAAGCAGAUCGUAUGCUGGAUAUGGGGUUCGAACCUCAAAUUAGGAAAAGUUUAUUCGAUGUGAGAUCCGAUAGACAAACUAUAAUGACAAGUGCUACAUGGCCACCAGGUGUUAGACGCUUAGCACGAUCAUAUAUGAAAGAUCCAAUUCAAGUAUUUGUUGGAUCGUUAAAUUUAUCAGCUGUACAUACAGUAAAACAGCAUAUUCAUAUAAUCGACGAAGAAGAUAAAUUGGAUGUGUUUUAUGAAUUUAUUCGGAAUAUGGAUCCCGAAGACAAAAUUAUUGCAUUUUUUUCUAAAAAAGCAAGAGUAGACGAUGUAGCGAGCGAGCUAUUUCUCUCACAUAUUAAAAAUGAAAGUAUUCAUGGUGGAAGAGAUCAAGAAGACAGAGAACAAGCCAUAGAAGGUUUAAAAAAUGGCUCUGUACGAAUUCUUCUUGCAACAGAUGUAGUCAGCCGAGGUAUUGACAUCGAGGAUAUAACGCAUGUCUUCAAUUAUGAUUUUCCACGUGAUAUGGAAGAAUAUGUCCAUCGAGUUGGACGUACAGGUCGCGCUGGUAAAACCGGCGAAAGUAUAACGUUAAUGACCAAAGAUGACUGGUCACAUUCCAAAGAACUUAUCAGUAUUUUAGAAGAGGCUAAUCAAAUGGUGCCAGGUGAGUUAUAUAGUAUGGCCGAAAGAUACAAAGCCUGGAAAACGAAACGGGCGGAAGGACGAGCGAAUCGUUCAAGUGGGCAAGGCUAUAAGUUUGGCUAUAGUAGACAAAAUAAGUGGGGCGGAAAAUGGUAAAUUUUACCAUUAAUCAACAGAGGGUCUACACUUAGUUAUUCUUUUUAUUUUUUAUUUUAAUUUUAUUUCUUUUUUCCCCCUUUUUUCCAUUCCAUGUAAAAACUUGUACAAAUCAAUCAGUUUUUAAAGUAAUGCAUUUCACUUAGAUUGUAGAAUUUGUGCAAUGUUUUUAUUUAGUUAAUUGUACAUAUUUAGUUAAUUGCUUGCACAUAUCAAUACAGUGAUUGGGGGGUGGGGGGAAAGAGGAAAUAAUCUAUUUAAAAUAACUAUAUUUUUAUACAUA